GCCAUGGGCAGUGUCGGUUGCUAAGCAAUUUGUGUGCGUAUGUCUGAAACGGUGGCUGGGGGAUUCGCGCAUGCGUACGUCUGGAACAAUGAGGGCUAUCCGGCUCUGCGGGAGGAUGUUUCCCCAGUGGUAGACGUUUGCAUCACUAUGUACGUAUUUUAAGCUGUUACGUAGCGACGCGGUAGUGGUACGCGCUAGAGCUGAGUGUGAAGAUGGCGGACGAGGAGGCCGAACAGGACCGUAGUCCCAAGAACGGUAUCAAUGGAACGUUAUGGGAACUCAGACAACGGUUGCAAGAGCUUCAGGAAGUCGUAGUUACAGAACGAGGCGAGUCUCCGAUCCAGUCAUCUUCUGAGUAUUGCCAAGAGUUUUGUCGGAUGCUGCUGGAGUACGCAGGUCGUUGGAAGAUAGAAGAAGAGCCUCUACCACUGGUGGAAGUGUACAUCGUCGCUUUAUUGAGUUAUGCCCAGGCCUCUCCGUACCUCUCCCUGCAGUGUGAAAAUGUUCCUCUUGUGGUUGAGAGGCUGUCACUGAGUUUUGUGGAACUAUUGUUGUCAUUGAAGGAGAGCAUCCCAGAUGGUUUAUGGACAAAAUUCAAGUCAUCUGUGAAGUUUGCUCACAGUAAGCUGCAGGAGAAUGGACUCGCUCAGCUGUCCCUGCUGUGUGCUUUUGGCCAGUAUGAUGGUGUUUGGACAAAUGAUGUCCUGCAAAGCCUUCUGUCCAACGGAAAUCUACCGACAAAACAAGUUGAGGAGUUCCUGGUGCAGGAGGGGCAGGUCCUGUUGGAGAUGAGAGUGAAGCAGCUGAUGAAGGAGAAGCAGUUGGGAGAGGCUGCACGGCUAGCAAAGACGUGCUCUGAAUGUUCUGUUUUCCAAGGGAAGGGGCCUUUCAAGCAGAUGUACCUUGUCUGCCUCUGUUCCAGCCCUGAACAGGAUCAGCUCAUGGAAGAGCUUUCAAAGGAGGACUGUCGUGAUGCCUUGGAAAUGAUCUGCAACUUGGAGUCAGACGGCGAUGAGGUGGCUGCCUUCAGUUUAUGCUCCGCCUUCCUCAACCGACAGCUUCUUCAAGGAGAUACAUACUGUGCUUGGGAGCUGACUCUGUUUUGGAGCAAGCUGCUGAAGCGAUUGGAGCCAUCAGAGCAGGCUUUCCUUGACAAAUGCCGCCAGAUAUCCCUACUUUCUAAAACUGUGUACCACAUCCUGUUCCUCAUCAAGGUCAUCCAAUCAGAGAUUGACAGCAUUGGACUCCCAGUAUGCAUUGAAAUGUGCAUAAGGGCUCUACAAAUGGAAUCAGAUGAUGGAAACACCAAGGCCACAGUGUGUAAAACAAUUUCCUGUUUGCUUCCUACUGACCUAGAAGUCAAGCGAGCCUGUCAGCUGACAGAGUUCCUCCUGGAGCCCACAGUGGAUUCAUAUUACGCUGUUGAGACUCUUUACAAUGAACCAGAUCAAAAACUAGAGGAGGAAUAUAUGCCCAUUCCCAACUCACUACGCUGCGAACUCCUACUGGUUUUUAAAACCCAGUGGCCUUUUGACCCGGAGUUCUGGGACUGGAAAGCACUGAAGCGUCAUUGUCUUGCAUUAAUGGGUGAAGAAGCUUCAAUUGUGUCGUCAAUUGACCUGCUGAAUGAUACAGAGAGCCCAGAAGAAGAUUUUUUCAGUCAGGAGUUGUCUAAGAAUAUGCCAGACCAUUUAGUUAGUGGCACUUAUGAACUAAAAGAUGUCACAGACAAGAGAGAGAAGAACAGAGAAAUGAAGAAAAUGAGGGAGAAGGGUUUCAUUUCAGCUAGGUUCAGAAACUGGCAGGCAUAUAUGCAGUAUUGUGUGCUUUGUGACAAAGAGUUUCUUGGCCACAGGAUCGUACGCCAUGCACAGACUCAUCUGAGCAGUGGAGUAUACAGCUGCCCUAUAUGUGCUCAAACCUUUUCCUCAAAAGAUUUAUUGAUUCCCCAUGUAACAUCACAUGUUAAACAGUCGAGCAAGGAAAGGCUAACUGCACUAAAAACAAACAAGAAAUCUUCUAAUCUUAAAAUGGCCUCUCCUGUUUUUGCAGAUUUAAAGGCCAAGACAGAAAAUGCAAUCUAUGAUAAAGGUGCCUCCCUUGGGCAAAAUGGGGGGUUUGUUGAUAAUGUUCAGGCCAGAGUGGACAGAUGUAGCACAGAGAGAAGUGAAGAAAAUGUAUGCCCUAUUGGAAAAUGCAGAAGGAAUUUUAAAUUUUUCAAAAAUCUCAUUGCACAUGUAAAAGCCCAUGGGGACAACGAGGAAGCAAAGACUUUCCUUGAAUUGCAAAGGAAAAAGGUUAUUUGCCAGUACUGCCGCCGCCACUUUGUUAAUGUCACACAUCUUAACGAUCAUUUACAGGUCCACUGUGGUGUGAAGCCUUAUAUCUGUAUACAGUUGAACUGCAAGGCAAGUUUCUUGUCUAACACUGAGCUCCUUAUCCACAGGAAAACACAUUCUGUUUUCAAGGCUAGAUGCAUGUUUCCCAAUUGUGGAAAGAUUUUCAAUGAGGCCUUCAGACUGUAUGACCAUGAGGCACAGCAUUAUAAUACUUUCACUUGUAAAGUUGUGGACUGUGCGAUGGUAUUCCAUUCACAAAAGCAGCUGGAUUUGCACCAAGAUGAGCAUGACACUGAAGAGGACAAUACAGCUUCUGAACAGACUUCACAAAAUAUGCAGACUGGCCCUUCACUCAUUGAACAAAUGCUUUCAAAUCACACUGCACAAUUACAAGAUAAUUCCCAAGAGAACUGGAACACUGAAAAUGCAGUUAAUCCAGAUCAUGGAAUGCUGCCAGUGUCAAUUGAAAGUUUGCUGAAAUCUUCACAAGCACCUGUGGAAACCCUAGAAGAGCACAGAGUGGUUUCCCAAAGACAGAGGGGUUUUUCAAGCUGUCAGACACAGAGUCUACACCAUACUGUGAUUGAGCCUUUGAAUUCCCACAUUUUGGAUCCUAUUGGACACAGAGAAGGUUCAGGUGGUCAUUAUUUUGAUUAUAUUACACCACCUCAGCAGAAUCAACCCAUACAUGUAUUUGAACAUAAUUUGGGUAAUGUGCCACUUAGCUGUAAUACACAUGAUUUACAGGACCAACCACAAAUGUUCCCUGGUAAUGUCAAUAAUGAAUUGGUAAGUUGCAACUCUGACUGCAGCUUACCAUUGCCAGGACAGCAACAUCAAAUGUGCAGCAGCAGCCUGUUAUCAGUAUCACUGCCCCAACCACUUGAUGAGAAAAGACCAGUGAACUCUGUGUCAUCUUCAACUACCACAGGUCCUGCUCCAGGAGAGAGGGAACGAUUUCAAUGUGCAUUUGAAAUGUGUACAAGGCACUACAGCUCAUACAGAAGUGUUACCAAGCACAUGAAAACGGUUCACCCUGAUUUCUAUGAGCAAUGGAAAGUCGCUCGAACUAAAAUCAAGUUAACCCACCCUUCAGCACCAAACACAUCAUCUGUUAGACAUCUGAGUUCUGUCACCUCACUUCCCAGUCAGGACAGCAACCAAGCACUAGUUCAUGGAGUUCAGAGGCAGAAUGUUAUCCAAUCACCUCCAUAUACUGACCUGGGCACAAAGUAUACUACUCCGCAUUCCCAUUCUUCAUCUGCCCCCAGCCAGAAUGCUUCACUCCUGAUGGAAAAUGUGUUAAAUCCUAUUGUUCUAUCUCAAUUAGAAAGUGAUACAAGUCCAAUAACAAUGCAGUCCAAAGUUUUAGGUAGUCAAAACUGGCACUCAGUCCUUGGAAGUGAACAAAUUCAAAGUAGUGGCUCUUCCCAGGUUUAUCUAUCUAAUUUGCAGGUAAAUUCUAGCAGUGUGGCUCUGCCAACUUCCUCAAUGAUGGGAUCAACCAUUAACAGACCAGUUGAGUUCCUGCAGUCACCACUUAUGAAAAAUGGGUCCCAGUCUGUUUUCCCCUCGUGCUUAGAUGCUGCAAAUGAAGUGUCACUGAAAGUGGAAGACAGUCUUCCAGCAUAUACAUCAAAGGUGCAAAGCAGUUUAUUCUCAGGUUCCAAGGCAGCAAAUAAAUCGAUGCAAAAUAAUGCACAGUCCAAUUUUCUCUCUCCACACUCUGCAAGCCAGAAAAGCAUUAGCAACCAACCUCAAAAUGGUAUGGUCAUCACUGAAAGUCAAAAACGAGCCAGAAGAAACAAAAGAACCAAAUGGCCUGCCAUUAUGAAGGAUGGAAAAUUUGUUUGUUGCAGGUGUUUUAGACAAUUUAAUAGUCCCAAAUCCCUUGGAGGCCACUUGUCAAAGCGUACAAUCUGCAAACCGUACGAAGAGGGGCAGCUGAACACAGAUAUGCCCACAUCAUUUCUUGACCUCCUUAAUUCAGAGCAAACAGUUAGCACCGCUCAGCCACAGUUUUCUUAUAAUCAGGCUGCUCUGUAUCAAGAAAAGCCUCAUCAGUCAGUUACAAUUGCCACAAAAGAUUACCCUACUACCAGUUAUCGACAAGAUAAUUUGACAGCAUGUGGGAAUGGUAAGUCAAAUGAUGACAUUCUCAAACAAAUCAUGACUGAAUCAAAAAUGGCUGAUCUUUUUGUUCACACACCUACUCCUCAGCCAUUGUUUCAAAACCCUUGUGUUAGCUUUGGAGCCAAUGAGCAAUUGCCAGAAAACUCAGUCAUACUGCAUACAGAAAAUGUCCAGCUAAAGAGAGAGGAGAGGCAGGAGGUCAACUCGUAUAGUACAGCUCAUUAUCCUCAGCCAACCAUUGAUACAUUUGGUGGAAGUGAAUUCCCUGACCCACUUCUUUCUCCAAUCCUCACAGAAAACCGUGCUGAUUCUGGCAGUGUUCCCACAAACUACGUAACUGCUGGGCCAACCCACAGUGAAGUCUAUUACUCUGGGACAACCAUUCAGUCACUAGAUACAGAUUCAAACCCAAUAAUGCAAACAGAGUUACCUAAUAGUCAGCUUAGUGGCAAGCAGUGUGAGACACAAAGGAAGACAACAGAGAAAAAUAUUAAAAAGAGACUACGGGAGCAGAUUCUGGCCGGUGACUUUCAACGUAGAAACAGCUCAUGUCUUUCAGACAAUACUGAUCCCAAUGCCGAUACAAAGAAUCUCAUGUCUUUUGGUCAAAUGUGUAGCCCUUUCAAUGACUCUGUACUUGAUCAGAUUCCUUCUAAUGCAAAGAGUGACACAGGACAUGUAAUUCAAGAAAAGUCUGUAAUCAUCCCAGAACCCUCUGGCAAAAUACAACUAAACAUGCACAGCUUUACUUAUUUCAGAGAGACCUCCACGCUGCCACAGGAGGUUUUGAGCCCCACGGGAAUUGCUGAAAAUGAUACAGAUCAGGAACCCAAGAAGUUAUCUGCCAGCCAGCAACUAUGGAUGACAGAAAUUCAAAGUGCAUUUGAAAGGCUGAAUUUGGUCAAAGAAAUAUCUGAUCAGAUGUCAUCUUCCAUGAAGCAAAAUACCAAUACUGUCAACAGCCAGACAGAACUUGCAAUGGUCCCAUGGUCCGAUAGCUUGACAUCGUCCCCCUAUGUUAAACCGUUUACGUGUGAGAAUGAAACCUGCGCAUUUACUUCAAUGUCAAGUGAAUCGCUAUGGAAACACCUUUCCAAAAUUCACAACUACACACUUGAGAUGGUGAAUUUGGUGAAAAAAAGAUAUGGCCUAUAUGCUCCCUUCAAAUGCCAAAGGUGCAGUAAAACAUUCACUCGUAACUCAAACCUUCGCUCUCACUAUCAUUCAGCUCACAACCUAUCAGCUAAAGAAAUUGCAGAUCUAGAUAUGAAGCGCAGGCAGGACAAAGCAUGUGCAUCUGCUGCUAUUCAAAAGUGUCCUGUUAAUACCAACCAGGCCCCUUUGGCUCAAACCAAAGUGGUUACUGAUCCAGCAUUGGUGAACAGGGCCCAACUGUGCUCGCCCCAAGAUGUAGCAAAAUGUUAUUCUUCAUCACAUGCAUGUUUGCCACAUAUUAACAUGGACAUAACUAAACAGAAAUUUCAAAAUGACAACCGUUCCACAGUCAUUCAUCCCUUACAAACAGCCCCUAUGCACAACCAAUAUCCAAAUCCACAAGUACUGGCCCAGACCUUCACAGGACCUCAGCCUUUAAACAAACUAUCUAUCAACAGGCAGCCAAUAGUGAAGCCAAGCAUAGAUAUUACCAAGAAGUCAAAAGAGAACAAGUCAAACUCAAAUGAUGCCAUGAGUUCAUACAGACCAUAUCGCUGCGUUCAUCAACACUGUUUGGCAGCCUUCACUAUCCAGCAUAAUCUCAUCCUCCACUACAGAGCUGUUCAUCAGUCUGCUUUGUCAGCAUUGGAGGUGAACAAGGAGCAGGACCCAGGAGAGGGACUUCAUGAAAUAAUGGAACAUGAUGAGGAGGAUCUAGAGGCAGAGAUCGUCCAAAUUUGUGAAUUCAGAUGCCAAGUCAAAGACUGCUCUAGAGUUUUCCAAGAGGUUCCCAACCUUUUGCAGCACUACCUUCAGCUGCAUGAAUUCAGUCUUGAUAAGGUUGGUAAUCUAUUUUCUAGCAUCAAGCUUGGCAAGUUUACUUGUGGCCAUCAAGGAUGCACAGCAUCCUUCACUGCUUUCUGGAAGUAUGUUGGGCAUGUCAAAGAAAAGCACAAAGAUAUAAAGUUAGCCAAACCUGAACAAUUAAAUGGCUCGUUCAAGUGUGAAAUUGAAGGCUGCGACCGUUCAUAUGCAACAAAGUCAAACCUUCUCAGACAUGUCAUGAAAAAGCACCAGGACUUGUACCAGCCUAAACUAAAAAAUCAACUGAUUAAAGAGGAUGGAAUGAAACAGAACUCAAAAACAUUGCAUCACCAAAUUACAAAGACAAGUAAUGGAAAGGAAAAUAUUGAGAGCAAUAAAAAGAUCCUACAGAAGGGAAGUGACAUAAGGAGAGUUGGCAAGUCAAAAGCCAAUCACUGGACAAAGUAUGGAAAACCCUCCUUGAAAUCUAAAUUGGAGGCAUCUGCAAUAUGCACUAAGAAAUUCCCUCUACAAUAUCCUUGUAUGAUCAAAGGUUGUGAGUCAGUCAUGAAAUCAGAGCGGGGUAUAUUGAAACAUUACAUGGGGCAUGGGCUCUCAGAGAAGUACCUGGAACAACAAAGGAGUCACUUUAUAUUCUGCAAAAAGUUCCCCCGGCAGAAAUACCGGUCCAUCAGGAGUGACGACUCAAAAUCUGACAACACCUCUGAUAUGUCAGACAAUGAGCUGACAGCAGAUGCUGGACUAAAGGGAGGAGAAUAUGGAUAUUCAAAGCCUGUCCUACGCAAAAGGACCACUGCAGAAAUCCCUACUGAAUUGUUAGAGAGCAAAUUAUCUAAUGAGGAAAGUUCUGAUGGUUCUGUGGUGAUCAAACGCAAACGAGGGCGUCCACGAAAACUAAUCGAAAAAAUAGUGAAGCGCAAGAAAAUACCACGUACGACAAAGAUCAACAUAGUUUACAGCGAGGGCGAUGAAUCAGACUCAUCUUGCCCUGCAGUACUGCAAGAGGAAAUGGCUGAACAGAGCGCUCCACUGGCCUCCUUUAAACCUAUGGGAUUUGAAAUGUCGUUCUUAAAAUUUCUGGAACAGUCAAAUAAAUCUCAACAUGGCCUCAAGAGGAAGGCUGAUGUGCUACAAGCAUGGAGAAAAACAGCUGGUAUUAACACCAGUGACAUCUGUGUCAGGUUCAGUAACCAUCAGAAUUUGAAAUCACUUAGUAAGGUUAAAAUUAUUAUAGAUGCUGCAUUUUCAAGUGUUUCAGACCUUCUGUUGAAACAGCUACAGACCAUGCAGACCACAGUGGUAUUAAAAAAAAUAGUCUAACUUUUGUUCUUAAAAGCAGAAUCUCAGGAAUUGAUUGAGUACAAUCUGCUGCAAACUGGAGCCCUACACAUGAAACGUUAUUUUACAUGUCCAGAUAAAAAGCAGCUGUUUAACAUGACACAGUUAUAUCUGUACAAUUAGUCUUUUUUUUUAUAAAAAUGUGUAUAGCAUGUUUUAUUUAUAGAUUGUUAAAAAAUGUUUUGCUGAUAAUGAAAAGCCGAUAUCAGCUUUAGGUCUCCUAAUUAUCCCUGUGGGACUUCCAGACUUGAUUGUGUUGUUGUGCAUACUUUGUGAUUUCAAAGAUGUUAUGUGUAUGUGUAUAUAUCUUGAAACCACCCACUGCCACAAACAGUCUUAUUAUUAAACUGGACUUUUUUUAACCA